AUGUCGGACGAAGCACCCAUCACGUUCAUCAAGAAGCGGAAAGGUGCCCCUACAGGCUUGCGGCAAAAGGAAGCCGUUGCAUCGACUUCGACCGCUGCUGCACCGUCAACUUCGACAGCGAACGGCGACGGUGAUGCGCCGGUCGAGAGCGAAGUCAUCUACGCGACCAAGCGCCACCUCACCAGCCACCUCGUCCAAGGCACAGCAGGCGCGAUUCGGAAACGAAAGGAGAAGGACGCGUUCGCGGAUCUUUCGGAGGAGAAUGAGGAAGCUGCCGAGGCUGAGAGGACCAAGCAGACCGUCGGAGUUCGGUACUCGGCGACGACCAAACGGGAACGACGGAGGAGCAGUUCACCCCCUGCCGAAGUAUCGGCCGAGUUGAUCAAGUUGCAGCAACAGAGCAAGGGCAAGGACGGCGAUAGAUCGGCGAGGGACGUACCGGAUGAUGGGUUGUACAGAGGCGCCAAGGCGACGCAGCAUCAGGUGACCAAGUCGUUUGGACCCAUCAAGGGCGGACCGGACAAUGUGCGCCAAAUCACCCUCGUCGAUUACCAACCCGAUGUGUGCAAAGACUAUAAAGGUGAGUCUACCUCUCGCAGGAUCGGUGGAGGAAGGCUUGCCGUUUCCGCGGCCUGCCUUUUGUCCACCGCGGGCACUCUUACUCAGCACGACUGCAGACACUAACAAAUCCUCGGAUUCCUUCCUUAGAAACGGGCUUCUGCGGGUUUGGCGACUCGUGCAAGUUCUUACAUGAUCGAGGCGACUACCUCCACGGCUGGCAACUCGACAACUCGUUCCUCUCCUCCUCGGCCGCGGCCGGCUCCUUCCUCUCGAAGCAACACGCGCGAGACAACCCCGACGAGAACGACGAGCAAGAACCCGUCGACGACCUCCCCUUCGCCUGCCUCAUCUGUCGACAACCAUUCGGCAAGGACCCAGUCGUCACACUGUGCGGGCACUACUUCGAUGCGGCGUGCGCGAUCAAACGAUUCGCCAAGACGGGCAAAUGCUUUGCGUGUGGAACGAGCACGAACGGCGUCUUCAAUCGCGCGACCAAGUUGAUCGACAAGAUCAAGGAGAGGGAGAAGCUGUUGGAGGAGGCCAAGGAACAGGAGAAGAAGUUUGAGGAUGAUGAAGGAGGGAUCGAGAUCGAGGGAUUGGAAGAAGAGGCUGGAGGUGCGAGUCGAGCACGGCAGGAGGAGGAGGAAGUGGUGUACGAGGAUGAGGAGCCGAGACCGGCCAAGAAACGUAGACCUAUCAUUCAGAUCAUGUAA